GAUGGCUCAGGUGUCUGUCGGCUGUGCGUGGUUUAGCCCAAUUCUCGGCUGGCGAUCAUGCUCGUUACUCGUUACUUGUCACUCGUUACACUUACCGUGGGCACCACCCAGGACUCCCUCCGUCUUGGCUCAUUUCUGAUAACUUGAGACCUUGUUGAUUGGAGGUCGGAAUUAUCGCCUGGAAGCCAGAUUCUCCCAGAUGUCCGAGCUCCAGCUCCAGUGGCGGAUCCAAUCCAGGCUGGCGGCGGGCAGGGCAGGUCCAUCCCGGUUACGGCCUGAAACAACCACUGGCAUAAUAAUAGUAAUAAUGCCACGGUCCGUGUGGGAACUGAGAGCUAGGAACUGGGAAGCGGGUGACGGCCUCCUCCGUAGUCCCGGCCGUUUAAUCUUCCGGGGGCGCGAUCUCGGUCUGGGCCCGUCUGGAGGUCCAAAUAGCGUGAUGUUUGCUAGGGCCAUGCAAGCCCUGAUCACUAGCCCUGGAGAUGUCAGGCUUAUCCCUUCAUGCGUGUCCAUCCCAAAUGGGUAUAAUCAAAUUCCCUCCACGAAGGGGGAAACACUACCAUCGACGGGGUAUUUACUAGUUGUUGGACGACGAUCUGGAACCUCCCAUCGCCACCUGAUGACCCGGUCAAACGAGACGUGUGGAUGUCGUCGUGCAUGUCUGGGUCUGCGUGUCCCGUAUUCGGCAAUACCCCUCGAAUGCGUGAGCAUCACCCCAUGCGAGGCGAGGUACGGAGAGUUCAGAAGUUGCCUGGGUGGAUGAGCGAUGUCCCGAGCCAUGGGCGCCGUGUCUGGAAAACAGUUCCGUAAAUCCAUCCGGUUCCUGCUAGUUGAUGUCACACGGAGGGGGUGGGAUGAACUCAUAAUUACAUCUGACGAUACUAAGAGACUUAAAGAUAGGCACUAUGGCUGCGAUCGCAGGCGGACGGCGCGUCAGGUGAUUCGCUCGGAACCCCGGCGAAAGGUUGGAAUGCCGACCAGGUCCACCCAACCAUGCAGCUACUUCACAGUACUGACUGAAUACACAUUGGCUGGCUAAUGUUUCCCCCUCGCCAGCGUCUC